UAAUGGAUAGUAAUGAAGAAAGAUCAUCUUAAAAUGAUUAAGUCAAUAAACUAGGAAUAUCUAAAAAAUAGAAAAAGAAAAAUGAAUAUGACUAUCAUAGAAAGAAGAGAAGAGGCAUGGAAGGAUCAAAUAGUAAAAAAUCAGGACAAAAGUUCACUGAUGAGGAAGAUCGAUUGAUUCUAUAGUUAGUAUUGAAUAAUGGACCUAAAUUCUAAAAGAUUCAUAGACAUUUUCCUGGAAAAACGUUGGCUAUGGUUAAGAAUCGAUAUUAUAAGCAUUUGCGUUUUAGAUGGGAAUUAUUAGGAUAGUAUAACUAUUUUACAAUUAGAAAUUACAAGCAUUUAAGUGUUCCUUAAGAAUAAUUAGAAACAUUGUGCGAGUAAUAGAAGAAAGUGAGCAAUAUUCUAAAUGCUGAGAAAGAAGAUUUAGUUACAUAAAUAACAUCACGUACUACUUUACUAUCGAAUGCUCGUAUGUUAGUUGAAUAUAUAGUUGAAUAAUUGUUAUGAUUUAAAAGUUAGUCGAUUAUGAUUCUGAAAGCAACUCUGAUUCUCAUCCAGAACCAAAGAAACCUCUAAAUAAAGUAAUCACUCUAGAUCAUCUAAACAAAAUGUCAAAGAAAAUUAAAACAAAUGAGGAGAUUGCUGUCAAUGUAGAUCAGCAAUCUGAAUCUGAUGAUAAUGAACAAAUUCCAAUUUUACAAUAGGAGAUCAAGAAUGGUAAACUACAUCUCUUAUUGUCGUAACCAAAGAACAAAUUAGAGUAGUAAUAUACAACAGUUGUGAAAAAGCGUCUACCUCCAAUGCCUCCUGGUAUCAAUUUUAAAGAAGCAGAAAUUUUAAGUAAUACUGCUAUUAAAAAAUUAACAAAGGAGGAGCAAGCUUUGAUUUAAGAGUUUGAUUAGGAUGACAUCUAUAUGUAAGAUUAAAAAACUAUAAAUGAAAAAGGAAUUGUUAAAGUAACUUAUGAAAUAGGAGAAGAUAAUUCUUAAAUAAUGAAUUUACAUGGUACAAAUGAGAAAUAUUGGGAAAUGGAAAGAGAGAAGAUGAAAUAAAAAUAAGAAGCUUUUUUGAAGGUUCCCACAGAUGUAAAUUAAUUGAAAAGAGAGAAAAAUCAUAUUGAUUCUCUUAAUUAUUAAGCUGCUUUGAAAUAGGAAGGUUAUGAAUCAAGAAAAUAAGAUUUUAAAGAUAAGAAAGAGAAGAUGAAAGCCACUUAUGGUUGGUGA